UAAUUAUCUUAAAUUAUUAUAUCAAUCAAAUUAGAAAAUUUUGUUGCUUUAUUUCUUGAUAUUUCAUGUUAUAAUACUUUUUUUCUCUUCUCUUUUUAAGUUUACAUGCAUUGUAUACAUAAAUUAUGUUGUAUUUUCUAGGACUGGAACUAUGUGAUGAGACGUGACAUGCAGGAAAUUAUACCAGGGUUAUAUUUAGGACCAUAUGCUGCAGCAAUGAAGUCAAAGAAAAUGAGUUUACAGGACCAUAAUAUCACUCACAUAGUGUGUAUACGACAGGCUAUAGAGGCUAACUUUAUCAGACCAAAUUUUCCUGAUUUAUUCAUAGGGAUUUUUUUUGGGAAAAAACCAAAACCGGGGCCAUCUGGAUUUCGGAUGCGAGAUUUUAUUGAUGGUUGCUAUGAAUGUGGAGGUAAAGUGUUAGUCCAUGGUAACGCUGGUAUAUCUAGAAGUGCUGCACUUGUUAUAGGAUAUAUCAUGGAGAAAUAUGGACUGACAUACAAGAAUGCCUAUGUGUAUGUACAACAGAGAAGAUUUUGUAUCAACCCUAAUGAAGGUUUCUCACAACAGCUGAUGGAGUAUGAACCAAUAUAUAGAGCAAGACAGUGUGUAGAAUUUACAGAUAAUACAUCUACAGGUUCUUUAAAGAGAAAAUACCAAGUAGACUCAGAUGAAACUUUACAUUCAGAAUCAUCAUCAAUGAUUACCUGAAUAAUGUAAACUUACCCGUUAUCUCCCUGUGAUAUAUUAUAGUAUUACUACCUGAAGUCAUUCAGUUUAUGUUACCUCCAUGUUCUAACUUGUUUAUACAGAUGUACAAGGAGCUUAUAAUAGAGAAAAGUUAGAUACUGGUGAAAGAUAAAAUAGAGAAUUAUUUUGAAACAAGAGAUUAAAAUAUCAAUAUAACAGACUGUGUUAAAUUAUGAUUAGUUUUGUUAUACCGGUGAUGAGAUAUUGAGAUAUGUUGAGAUCGAUUGUUACAUAGAAUGAGAUAUAUACAAUUGAGAUUAUAUAUACAGUCUAACUUGUCCAUGCCACCACGUGUAUUAAGCAACUUUUGUCUUAUGCUUUUUAUCAUGCUUUGUCUGAAGAGACCGUUUCAUUUAGCGACCGUUUUGGCUGUUUGCCUUGCGCGGUCGCUUAAUACAAGUUUGACUGUAUAAGAUAAUAUAACUGCUGAUCAUAUUGUUAAAAACAGGGACAUUUGGCAUAUUAUGGAUGUUAGAAGAACUUUAAUUACUAUAUGCUUUGCUUGUGUAUUAUAUCAUAAAGAUUACCAGUGAUACUCUCUAGGUGUCAUAUGAAAGGUAAAAAAUUAUCGGUAACUAGGGUCUUUAAAAAUAGAAUGGUCUGGAGUCGAACCAGUUUUACGAAAAAAGAUGUCUCGGUUGAGUCAUGUGAUAAGGUUAUCUACCGACCAUGAUCUGUCAUAAUACAUCACCAUUUAAAAAUCAAAUCGGUAGAUAAUGUUUUGUUAAAUUGUAUUUAAUUUUCGUCCUUUUCUUGAUCACUUACGUGAUUUGUGUAUAGCAAACUAUACUGAGUUACAAGACAUUUAGAAUUGUAGUGAGAAGGGUUUACAUAGCAUGUUUCCAGACCAUUCUGUUUGAAAGACCCUGAACAAAUUGAUAAUUUUGAGAACGCUGUGAUUUAAACUAAUGGCAAAUUUAGCUGGAAUUUUCAACCAAUGAAAUUGAGUUAGUUGAGAUAUGAAAACACUUGUCAAAUUAUAGUUUUUUUAUUUAUUUGGGUUGUCAGACCAAACAAAUAAUGGUAGCGAAAUUUCAGACUCUAAUGCUGUUAAUUGCAAAUGCCGAAAGUAGUCCGCUUUUUUGAAGCGGUUACUUCCCUUUAUAUGUAACACUAAGGCCGAAAAAUUCAGGGGAGAUCACUGAUUAUAUUAGCUGAUUAAAAAUGUUUAUUUAAUCAACCACUUGUUUACAAGUGUACUCACUGCAAAUUAUGUUAGACCCAAGUUAAGUAGUCCUGGUUCAUCUGGUUUUGAUCCUAUUAAACUGCAGAAUUUUAUGUAACCAAACUUAAUUCACUGAUUAUAAAUCAAAACUGAUACAAAUUCAAUCAAUGUGUGAAUCAUUUUCUUGUUAAAAUAAGUAGUGACUAUCAUCAUGUUAUGUGGAUUUCUUUCAUAAUUUUUUACACUCGUGUGAAAAGUCAAAUGUUGAUAAAAAUAACAAAUACACAUAAGAAUAGAUAUAAGGAAACCACACUGGUCAACAUUUAUUGAAGGGUUAUUGUCAAAUAUAUGUAUUAAGGUGUGACAUGAUUGUCAAAUAUUAAGGUAUCAUGUGAUAGUUAAAUUUUAGGUAUGACAUGAUUGUUAAGUUUUAGGUAUGACAUGAUUGUCAACUAUUUAGGUAUGACAUGAUUGUCAAAUAUUUAGGUAUGACAUGAUUGUCAAAUAUUUAGGUAUGACAUGAUUGUUAAAUAUUUAGGUAUGACAUGAUUGUCAAAUAUUUAGGUAUGACAUGAUUGUCAAAUAUUUAGGUAUGACAUGAUUGUCAAAUAUUUAGGUAUGACAUGAUUGUCAAAUAUUUAGGUAUGACAUGAUUGUCAAAUAUUUAGGUAUGACAUGAUUGUCAAAUUUUAGGUAUGACAUGAUUGUCAAAUUUUAGGUAUGACAUGAUUGUCAAAUAUUUAGGUAUGACAUGAUUGUCAAAUAUUUAGGUAUAACAUUAUUGUCAAAUUUUAGGUAUGUUAUAAUGAACGCUGCUAAUGUUGUGACUGUCUCGUGACUAUGGCAUUGAGAGUACUGUUGCACUGAGCCAAAAUAUAUAUAAAAGCAAAUGUAUAUUUCCUAUGGUUUGUAGUUCACCAUUAAGGCUUUUAUUGUUUGACAUAGUUUAUUGUUAUUGUGACUUUACAGCUACAACUUAUUAAAACAUUCAUUUUGAAGCUGAAGUCUGAAUUUUUCAUCAUGGUUAAUUUUUGUGAAAUGAAUUAGCUUUGGAAUGUGUCAAAAUCUGUUGUUGAUAGUGUAAAUAUUUGCUUUGUUUGUCAGUUUUGUCAUUGUUACGCCAGAUGUCUUAAACUAUGCAACAUGAAAUUAUAAAUGUAAGAUUAUUUUAUAUUAUUGACUUAACUGUCUUCACAUUAAAAUUAUUUAAUUUUGCA